GGCUAAAUCGGGUCGGGUGCAAAAAAGCGCCCCUUCUCUCCGUUUCGAGUGUACUCCAUCACCGAACCGAGGGGGAAGGAAGAGGGGAGAGGGAAGGGGGUGACGACUAAGACAUCGCCGGCUGGUUCGACGGAGAGGGAAAGAUCACCUGAGACUUUCUCCCCGCCGGUUACACAUCUGCUUCAUUCUAGAUUGAGAAACAACAUGGGUGAUAAAAUAGGGAUUGGUGAUUCAAGAGAUAGCAUUAGCACCAGAAAGAGAAAGGCUUCCCCUCAAAAUUCAGUGGACCAGAAGUUGAGGGUAUAUAUUUGGGACAUGGAUGAGACUCUCAUAUUGCUCAAGUCCCUGUUAAAUAGAACAUAUGCAGAGGCAUUCAAUGGUUUAAAGGAUGUUGAAAAGGGAGUUGAAAUUGGAGAACAAUGGGAGAAGUAUAUUCUUCAGGUCUGUGACGCCUAUUUCUUUUAUGAACAAAUUGAAAACUGCAAUGCUCCGUUUCUUGAUGCCUUCAGCCAAUAUGAUGAUGGGCAAGAUCUCUCUAAUUACAAUUUCAGUGAAGAUGGUUUUAGUCCACCACGUGAUGACAUCAACAAAAGAAAAUUAGCAUACCGGCAUCGAAUGAUAGCACAGCAGUACAAAAAGGGUUUACAUGGUAUUCUUGGUCAGGAUAUGAUAAAGUUCUUAGAUGAUCUCUAUGAUGGGACUGAUAGUUAUACGGACAGAUGGCUCUCUUCAGCUCAAACCUGUUUGGGGCAGUGCUCAGGCAGGAAUAAAGAGUUAACUUCCAAUGCAGACUCAGCUGAUGGAAUGAGUGACUCCCCUACUAAAUUUGAGCACGUCAACAUUUUAGUGACUUCCGGAUCACUGAUACCCAGCCUUGUCAAAUGCCUACUCUUCCGAUUGGAUAACUUGAUAACAUAUAAAAAUGUGUACAGCUCAUGGGAAGUGGGAAAGCUCCAGUGUUUCUCAUGGAUCAAGGAGCGGUUCACCGGCCUGAACGUCGAGUUUUGUGUGAUAGGGGAUGGAUGGGAAGAGUGUGAAGCGGCACAAGCAAUGAGAUGGCCAUUUGUUAAAAUUGAUAUACAACCAGGUGGUUGCCAUAGGUUUCCAGGCCUCACGCUGAGAACAUUAAACCACUAUUUCUCUGUUGUAUAUGGUGAUUCUGAUGCCAAAAAAGAGGAUGAGUAAGUAACUUCAUUGCCCAUGAUACUAUUGUUAUUCUUCUGAAUAGAAAAAUACUUCUGUUCAGAUAAAACUUAAACUUGAUGUGUAUAGCAGCCCAGAUCCUUUUCUCUGCAGAAAAUAUCAAGUUGUCUUUUGGACGAAGGAUAUUGUAUUGUACCUGAUGGAACAAGAUGAUGAAUUUUGAUAUUUCACCUAGAAAUUGAUACAAAAACAUGAGGUGGCAGUGGCUGGUGGGUGUGUGCUUACUGAUAAA